ACAACACAAGUGAGGUUGGGUGUCUGGAAGUUGGAAGGCAAGAGUGUGGCUUUGAAGGAUGAGGCUUUGAAUGUGCACCAUUCAUCAAAGAUAACAAAUAUAGCCAUAGCCUCAGCUAAAGAAUAAACUCUUCAAAUUCACCAAACCUUCUUCUUUUCCUAGUAUAACAAGUAGCCACAGCAACAAAAAAAAAGAUAUAUCAAGCUCAAGAUGGCUCUAAGAGUGUGGGCUUCUUCAGCUGCCAAUGCACUUAAACUCUCCCCUGCAGCACCUUUUUCACUCUCCAGAUGCUUCUCUUCAGUUUUGGAUGGUGCCAAGUAUGCAACUUCACAUGAAUGGGUGAAGCAUGAAGGCUCAGUGGCUACUAUUGGCAUCACUGACCAUGCUCAGGACCAUCUCGGAGAAGUCGUGUUUGUGGAGCUCCCGGAGCCUGGGGCUGCAGUGACACAAGCCAGUGGCUUUGGAGCUGUAGAGAGUGUAAAGGCCACCAGUGAUGUGAACUCCCCAAUCUCGGGAGAGGUUGUGGAAGUGAACACAAAGCUCACCGAGACACCUGGAUUGAUCAAUUCAAGCCCGUAUGCAGAUGGAUGGAUGAUCAAAGUGAAGCCAAGCAAUCCAUCCGAAUUAGAAUCCUUGAUGGGUCCGACAGAGUACACAAAAUUCUGUGAAGAGGAGGAUGCUGCACACUAAACUCUGCACUAUGGUCUGUUUUUCUACAUGAACUAACUGGUUGAGCUGUUAAGUUCAAAUGUGACAACAGAUAGAAGCGUCAAUUUGAUAUUGUUGUUUGUUACUUUAUUGCUUCAUGUACAUUAAGACAGUCCUAUUACCACUUCAAUGCCUGCAAUCUUUCAGUUGCUGCCUAUAUACUUUUCAUUCUCUUA